AUGGAAAGGAGAUUGAAAGGCUCCGAAGGCUUUUGGAAGAGUCCAAUCUGGAGAAAGAGAGACUCCAGAGCCAAAAAAAAAAACGACCUGGAAGGCCAAAAGAAGCACCUGGAAGGCCAAACAAGAUAUAUGGAGGGCCAAAACAAACGCCUGGAAGGCCAAAAGAAGCACCUAGAAGGCCAAACAAGAUAUCUGGAGGGCCAAAACAAACACCUCGGAGGCGAGAGAAAACGUCUCGAGCAGCAAACACGUUCCACAACUCUCAUGGAGUACCUCGAGUUCUGUCAUGAAAAGGUGUUUUCGCAGUUCAAGGUGCAACAGAACCCAGCGCUCUCGUCAAGGGGAGGCACUACAAAUCCGAAAGGCAAACUAUGUCCAGAUAAACUCGUGCAGUGGGAUGACUUCUUGACGCAACAGGUGGCUCAUCUUCAAGAAGUAUUUAGCUGUUCCCCCCUCCACGAGAGGCUUUUCGAUUCCAAGCAUUGGCUAUCUGUCCUGGGCAAAAAGUUCUCAGCUUCACCGAUUGCCGACGAAGAGAUGCUGGAGAGGUAUGUGCACUACGCAGUGGAGAACCCAGUUCACUGCAUCGUCGAAGAACUAGCCAAGAAGAAUUUGCUCGGGGCUCAGUACGGGAUAGCGAGAGGCGUCAUUUUUUUAAACCACCCAAGCGCCAUCAGCGACGUGGCUUUGGAAGUCGACAGUCGAGUUGCCGCACCGCCGCAAACGCCGCAGCCUUCACAAUAUUCCCACAAACUCCGGCCUGAUCAGAUUUGUGUGUACAGGGGUAUUAACGAAAACGCUACCUCGGAAGAACGCAAGCUGCUCUUGGUCGAGGAGUACAAAGCGCCCCAUAAACUGAGUGCGCAGCAUAUUCGCGUCGGCUUGGAGAAGAACAUGGACAUUUUCCGGGAAGUGGUCAACAAUCCAAAAAUACCGACACCAGAAGACCCACGGAAAUAUUUCUCCUACUGUGGCAAACGGGGCACGGCUGCUGCCCUUGUUCAAACGUACGACUACAUGAUUCACGCUGGGGCUCACCUUCAGCCUCGUGACCAAUGGCGAGGUGAUAGUAUUCCUCAAGAUCGACAGGAAAAGGUGCCCGGGCGUGUUCUUCUAUGA